AACACCAUGUCACUUGAGUACCCAUUUCUAUGAUCAUGCAUAUAACGUUCUGAUCAUGCGCAGAGUAGAAUUACGAACUUGCUUAUCCAUAUAAUACUUGAAACAUCUGAUGUGCAAAGUACACAACGUUUAAGUUCAUCAACGGGGCAAUACAGUAGACUCGAAAUAUCGGUUUAUCGGAUAUUACACUUUUAAUUAAUGAGUUGACAUCGUUCGGACAACAUUGUAAAAACAAAAAUCAUCCACAGUGAAUUUCAAACUGCAGCUUUCAAACUAUAAUCAAGGAUGGGGGAACUAACGAGAGCUUACAUCUACCACUUGGCUAUACUUUUCUUCUGCUUCAUCGGUGCAGUCUUGAACUUCGCCUCGAUGUGCGCCAUGCUACUUAAAAGGGAAUUAAGAAAGGGGCUUCAUGUUUUCAUUUUCAACUUGGCUCUUGCUGAUUGCGUCUCGGCCAUCGCCAUGUUCAUCUCCAACAUUACUGACUUUCCUAAGGUUCCAUUUAAGGUAGGAAACCUCUCCGCGUGGUUGGUAUGCCUGUUCACUUUUAGUUUGGUCAUAUCAUUGAUGAGUACACUCGCCAUUGCUGUUGAACGCCUUAUGAUCUUUCGCGUUGAGAACUACUCUGGUCGAACCUACACGGCAAGACUCUCCAUUGCUAUCUGCGUGAUCGGUUGGAUUGUAUUCGCGUUGCUAUUUUUUCUCCUUCAAGCAUUCCAUAAGAUCGCGUCACUCACGCUCCUUUAUUGUGCAUCUCCUUGUGUCAUCCUGGGGUGCAUAAUCCUCACGGCUCUAUCCUACUUCUUCAUCUACAAACAAAUCGUCCAGAUUUCGGACAACGUCAGACCCGAAGACGCAGCCCUAGUGCGCCGCGCAAAAAGCAGCAAGUACGUCAUCGUGACCUUCGCUUUGGUUGUCGCAAGCACGACAGGUUGUUGGGUCAUCAUGUGCUGCAUGCUGUUGGUAGAGUAUGGAGCAUACUUAGGCGCUGUAGAUCCGGACACUUUGGAUGUUGUUUGGUUCAGUGUCUUAGACGAUUUAGGCAAUGUGUUGGUGUGUAUCAAUCUAAUCCUCAACCCGACCAUUAUCUGGUUGCGUCUACCUGUCUUCAGAAGACAGCUACCCGCUUGCUGUAAUCGACUCGGGUGUCGAAAUACGGAUGAAUCCCAGGCCGACUCAGCAGCCCUCGUAUCAUCAGAAUCUCCGACCACCGCCAUGCAGGCAGCCCACGAUCUUGUCCAUGAGCACUGUCAUACCAGUAUUGACAUUAGCUGCUGACAUUAAUGAUGAAAAAUAUCAGAUAGCGUGAAAUAUGGUUCGAAACCUAUUUUAGAGAAAGUCGACUUCUAUACAUUUUCCUCCCAAGCCAUGAAAUAUACUUAUUGCUAGAAAAAUGGUACAUGGCACGGAAUACCAAGACAAGUGCUAGCAUUGAUAAUUUCAAUUUAUACACAUGACCAAGAUUACAAGAAGAUAUGGUAUAAGAGCCUCAAUGCUAGUAAUUUCGGUUUGAGCGGUUUAGAUUUCCCCUGUACAAAAAUCCCAUCGGGAAAAAAGCAGCCAUGACCGCGAUUUCAAUGCGCGCGAACAAAAACGUAGUAUCGCGUCGCAAAGCUUUAUUCCCUAAAGCGAUUAAAAUGUUAUUAAAAGUCUAUGCUACUAAAUUACGCGAAGCUCCGGGGGAGGG